AUGGCUUCGACCAACAAGUUUCUCCGAGAGUAUAAGCUGGUGGUAGUCGGUGGAGGUGGCGUGGGAAAGUCAUGCUUGACCAUUCAAUUAAUUCAGAGCCAUUUCGUCGACGAAUACGACCCAACAAUUGAAGACUCAUAUCGUAAGCAAUGCGUUAUCGACGAUGAGGUCGCUUUGUUGGAUGUGCUGGACACAGCGGGUCAGGAGGAAUACUCAGCCAUGAGAGAACAGUACAUGCGUACCGGAGAAGGAUUCUUGCUUGUUUACUCCAUCACCUCUCGCCAAUCAUUCGAGGAAAUCAUGACAUACCAGCAACAAAUUCUUCGCGUGAAGGACAAGGACUAUUUCCCCAUCAUAGUGGUUGGCAACAAGUGCGACUUGGAGAAAGAUCGGGCUGUCACUCAACAAGAGGGUGAGGCUUUGGCACGCCAAUUCGGAUGCAAAUUUAUCGAAACAUCUGCGAAAUCCCGCAUCAAUGUCGAAAACGCCUUCUACGACCUCGUCCGAGAGAUUCGCCGUUACAAUAAAGAGAUGUCGUCGUACCCAUCAGCAAGCGGUGCCUUCGCUGGCGGUGCCCCCCAUGGCAAGAUGGACGUCUCCGAGCCAGGCGAGGAUGCCGGAUGCUGUGCGAAGUGUGUCAUUAUGUAAAGGAAAACGGCAGGACAACCUUGGGCAGUUUAUGAACGAAGAUUACAGUAGCCCUAGAAGCUCCCCGGAGAUGACCGAUUCUUUCUCAAACAACCUUGACCCGCUACGAAACCAAACCUUGAAUGGGCCAGACACAAUACCCAUCUGGCCAUAGCACUAUUAAUCUAAUCAUUUUUCAUAUCAUCCACGACUUCUACCGAUUUUCCUUUCUCCUCGAUCGGAUUGCAUCAAAAUCAUGUAGGAGACCUACAUCAUACAUCACGUCGGGCUUUUCUACCAUUAUGAUUUCUGCUCUUUCUUUUUGGCUAUCUGGAAAAACAGGGGCGAACGGCUCUGUUUAUCAUUGAUUGCGUUUCUCUCUGGGAGACUUGUCCGGUUGCGAUUUUUCCUUGGUCUUAUUUGCAACACCCUACAUUCUUCUCACAGGGUGAGCGCUCUUAUCGGUAUAUUGCUUUGCACAAAUGUUUUCAUUAUUGUUUUUCUCGACUGUCACUUACUUUUGUUUCCCUUUUCGAUAUCCCUUCUCCCCCAUUCUUCUCUUCUUCGACUCGACUCGUUUAUUUCCGUUAUGACUACAUCACAUUUGUCUUGUUUCUGUGACAUGUCGACAUACCAUGGUUUUUCUUUGGCCCUAUACAGCGGAGCGACAGCAGAGAAGAGGUUAUACGAGCAUGUGAUACCUCUUUCCUGUUUUCCUCCUUAGCCAUGUUUUUAUUCGUUGGCUAGUUUUGGACAAGCCUCUUCACGGCUUUUCUAUUCACUUUUCUUUACCUCCUUUUCCUUUCUUUUCUUUUCUUUUGUGUGUAUGCGUGCGUGUACUGGUUUGUGUAUGGUGCGCUUGGUUGGAUACAUAUAUUGGGUAUACUUUAGAAUCUUCGAGCAAUUUUCUAUCUCUUCUAUGGAUGGUUUCAUACUUAUCAGUUAGUUGAAUUAAAAGCAAAAUUUCUGGGUUUG